UUUUAAUCAACGAAUUCAGACGUGGUACGAUUAGUGUUCCUGAGACAGAGAAGAAUGGCGACGGUGGCACGCGCGGUGGCAGUCUUAGCCAUAGCAAGACCCUCGGCGUUGUUACCCGGCGGCGGAAAAACUCAAAGAUUUCUAAAAUUCAAACCUCUUUGUAGUUCAUCUUCACCUUCUUCUAGAAAACUGGUCCUUUACUCAAAACCCGGUUGCUGUUUGUGCGAUGGUCUCAAAGAGAAGCUCCAAGCUGCAUUCUUGCUCUCCGGUCCUCAUUCUCUUACCGACGUCGAUUUACAGAUAAGAGAUAUAACAAGUAAUCCGGAGUGGGAAAAAGCUUAUCAGUAUGAGAUACCUGUGUUGGCUAAAGUGCUUUCGGAUGGAACUGAGGAAACUUUACCACGUUUGUCUCCUCGUUUAGGAGUGGAGCUACUCCAGAAGAAGAUAGCCGCGGCCCUGGGAGGACAAUAAAGUAUUUUCAGCUCAGGACUCCUGAGACAUAUGAAAUGUUUGUUCUAUACCUUAAUCAUUUAACACCAUUUUUUUAAUUAUACUUGAUUAAAGGGUUGGUUCCUUUAUACUUAGAGAGGACAAUGAACAAAAAAGUUAUAGUACUUGAUUAAGAAUUCAAGUUGAGAUUAUGAUCGUAUGUAAACACAUUAUUAAGUUACUUAAAACUGGAUAGUUUUUUUAA